CUCCUAGAUACGCUGUGGUCUCGCGCAUACAGUGUUUGUGUCCCUGAUGUAAUCCUUCAUAGCAGUGCACGAACAUUUUAGAAACUGCUAUCACCAUGUAUCAGAUGGUACCAGGUGGUCCCAUGAACUCCAGCACCAGCACGCCAAUUAAACAGAAGAUGGCACGUGACGGGCGUCCUCUGAUUGGGGUGGGUGUGCUGGGAUUGGUGCUAGUGAUUGCUGCCGUGACCGCUUGGUGCUACUACUUCGCCUCCCUGCACAAAGCAGACCUGCUGAAGACUGAACUGUUGGACCUCAAUAAGGACGGCUUUCUGAUCCGCAACCAAGCAGGGGCCAUUGUCUUCCAAAUGGCCUUCAGGUCGGGAACUCUUGACUUGGACUCUUGCUCAAAAGAGGGUGAAGUUCUCAGCUGUAGCCGAUCCAGUGCAGGGACUCUGAACUUCUUCAUUCAGACGGUGAGGCCCAAGGGCACUGUGAUGUGCUAUCGUGUACGAUGGGAGGAGCUUGCAGCUGGAAGGCCUGUGGUGCAUGCUAUGUCCUACAAUGGCUCACAUUGGUAUGGUGGUGCUGAGAGCAGCAUCCAGCACUGGCCCAUUUCUAUCUCAGGACAGCAAGUGCCCAAACCAUUUGUCACCAGUGAUAUCUAUUCCAACCGCCAUGACUUUGGAGGCAUCCUGGAGCGCUACUGGCUAUCAUCCAAGGCCAGUGCAAUCAAGAUCAAUGACUCAGUGCCCUUCCACUUGGGCUGGAAUGACACAGAAAAGAUGAUGUACUUCCAGGCUAGGUACCAAGACAGCCCAUACAAACCAAUUCCUGGGCAGGCUCCUUUUGCUGAACUGAGCUAUCGUGUGUGUGUGGGUUCUGAUGUCACCUCCAUUCACAAAUACAUGGUACGAAGGUACUUCAAUAAGCCCAACAAAGUACCCUCUGUCAACAUGUUCCGUUAUCCCAUCUGGUCUACGUGGGCACUACAUAAAACUGACAUAAACCAGGAAAAGUUGUUGAGUUAUGCAGCAAACAUCCGAAAGUAUCAUUUCAACUGCAGCCACUUAGAACUGGAUGAUCGUUACACCAGCAGCUAUGGGGAGUUUGAUUUUGAUCCUCUCAAAUUUCCAAAUGCCUCGGCCAUGUUCCAGAAACUGAAGGCCGAAGGAUUCCUUGUCAGCCUUUGGACACACCCAUUUGUCAACUAUGACUCACCCAACUUCCACGUGGGUGUGGAGAAGGGGCUUUUUGUACGGGAGCCCACUGGCCAACUGCCUGCUCUUGUGCGCUGGUGGAAUGGUGUUGGCUCCAUUUUGGACUUCACCAAUCCAGAGGCUCGUGAAUGGUUUGCCUCCAAUCUACGAGCUCUCAGGUCAAAGUACGGGGUUGCUUCCUUUAAGUUUGAUGCUGGAGAGACCAGCUAUCUACCCUGGCAGUUCAACACCCAUGUGCCCCUCUAUGACCCUAGCACCUUCACUCGACGCUACACUGAGAUGGCCAUCCCCUUCAAUGAACGGGCUGAGCUGCGGGUGGGCUACCAGUCUCAAAACAUCUCCUGCUUUUUCCGCCUUAUUGACCGUGACUCACGUUGGGGCUAUGAACUGGGACUUAAAUCCCUUAUUCCCACCGUGCUUACCAUUAGCAUACUUGGUUAUCAGUUUAUCCUGCCAGACAUGAUUGGUGGCAAUGUCUACCCUAAUCGCACAGAGGGCUCACAGAAGCUGCCUGACCGUGAGUUGUACAUUCGCUGGCUGGAGCUCUCUGCUUUCAUGCCUGCUAUGCAAUUCUCCAUCCCACCCUGGGAGUAUGACGCAGAUGUAAUCCAGAUAGCUCAGCGUUUCACUGCCUUGCAUGAGGCAUUGGUGGCCCCUCGGGUCUUGGAGCUUGCUGGGGAAGUGCUGGCCACUGGUGACCCAAUCAUACGCCCCCUGUGGUGGAUAGCCAUGGGUGAUGAGGCUGCAUAUAAGAUUGACUCUCAGUUUUUGAUCGGGGAUGAUCUCAUGGUGGCUCCAGUGCUAGAGCCCGGAAAACAGGAGAGGGACAUCUACCUCCCUGCUGGCCGAUGGCGUAGCUAUAAGGGUGAACUAUUUGACAAUAAAGAGGCUCUCCCCCUCACUGAUUAUCCAGUAGACCUAGAUGAGAUUGCUUAUUUUUUGUGGGUGUAGUCAGCUUUAGCUGGCUAUUUGGAAGGCAUAGGGUUAUAGUAGCAUACUUACAGUUGUACAGCAAAAUAUAUAACUAGAAUGUUUUUUGACACUUUGCAUCUUUUUUGGAGAACUUUGGUUCAAAUACUUAACAUAUGGCAAUCUGUAAUAAUUGUAGAUAAAUGAAACAUAUGUGAGCUGAUUUUAAGCUAUAGCUCAUGAGACACCAUGACUGUAUUAUUCUGCCUAUGAAAUUCAAAGUUCUCAUUUCGUCUUUGUCAUUGCCAAGCAUAUGUUGCACUAGUUCUGGAAAGCUUUUAGUCAUCUUGUAUAAUGCCAUACAUGUGGACACAAUGGGGCUUUUGUGUAUGCGUACUCACGUGCCUUGAAAUGUUAUUGCUUCAUAAACUUGGUGCUUCUUGAUAUAAUGCUGCAAAACUUGUGCAUCACAUGGAAAUGUAAGGGAAAUGUGUAAAAAAUUGCAUGCCUGAUAAGUAAAUAAGCAAUGAAUUUGCAAAUGUGACACCUGAAAUACUAAAUAUUUUUUAUUUCUUUAUGGAUGGCCAUGUUGGGAAGUUAAUUUUGUUAAGAAAUUAUGAAUGCCAUUCAUCCUAAUGUUCUCUAGUGUGAUUGUAUAUAUUGCUUCAAUACCAAAAUAUGCAACAAAAUAGCUAACUAGAAAGCAAUAGCCAAUAGUAGAGAGAGUGCAUUGAUUCCAGGCAUUUAAAUAUUUUAAUUUUGCCAGUUAAAAUGCUGCUUAUUUUGACAUGAUUUUAAAUAAUAUAAUGUUUUGGUAUGUGUUGAAUAAGGUUAACUUGGACUCAGGGAGAUGAUGUUGAAAUAUGUUGAAAAGAACAACAUUGCACAAUACUGACAAAUUAUCUUCUAAUUUUGUAUCAAAAUGACUGACCUAUUUGUGAUAUACAAGUGCAUUGUACAUUUUUUACAAACUCAAUAUGAGAUUAAUAAAAGGAAAUGGUUAACAAAAAAAUCACUUCAAUUACUGAUAAUCCCAAAAGCAUACUGUAACUUCUUGCAAAAGUCUGUUACAACUUUGACCUGUGAUUGUCUUUAUACGCAAUGUAUGCAGUUGUCUACUGUUUGUUGGCAAGUUUAAUAUUUUCUGCAAAUGUGUAUUUUCAUACUUUCGUGUUUGAUUCUUUUUAGCCUUAAUUAGCGACAGGGUUGUUGUAUGACUGAACAUUUUUUUUCCCCAUAGAACUGUGUAACUACUUUCUUCAUUGACCCUUUUUUCUCCAUGUCUGCUUUCCACUUCCUUCACCUGUUGUAUUCCUUACCACCUGUUCUGAGGGAUCAGUGAAUUCCUUGCCUUGGGAAGUUUUGCUGACAUUUUUAAUUAAAAAUAAAAAAGGGAACUUAUUUUUCCACCCCCAGUCCUCCAGACAAGGCGCAAAAUGAACAUUUUCAGCUUUUCUUGUGUUUCUCAAGCUUUAAACAAGGCAUUGCUGUUUUAAACCUCGGUGUAUGUCAUU